GAGUAUUAUAUAAACACACCUCUAACACACCCUCAAACUCACACACUAAACCAUCACAAAAUGGCCUCUUUUACUAUGCCAAACCCUUUUCUUGCUAAAUCAUCUCAAAUCAGCUUGACUAAAAGGCCAAGUACUACUCAUGGCUUCAAAAACUUCACUUGCAAAGCCACAAAUGGUGAAGAAAACCCUAAAGAUGAACUUAUUAAGAGCAGUAGGUUUGAUAGGAGGGAUUUACUUGUGGGCUUGGGGGGACUUUACGGAGCCACGAGUCUGAGCUCCAACCCCUCCGCCUUUGCCUCUCCUGUCAGAGCACCGGAUCUCUCGACGUGUGACGAAGAAACUGUCCAACAAAUCAUUGGUAAUUCGGCUACCAGAUGUUGCCCUCCGCUGUCCAAGACGAUGGUAGACUUCAAACUGCCGAAACCAGGGACCAUUCGUGUUAGACCCGCGGCUCAUUUGGUUGAUAAAGCAUACGAGGCCAAGUUCAAGAAGGCGCUUGAGCUCAUGAAGGCAUUGCCUGACGACGACCCUCGUAGCUUCACGCAACAAGCUAAAAUCCAUUGUGCUUAUUGUAGUUACGCUUAUGACCAAAUCGGGCUUCCUGACGAACUUGUUUCAGCUCACGGAUCCUGGCUUUUCUUCCCCUUCCAUAGAUGGUACUUGUACUUUUUCGAAAGAAUCCUGGGAAAAUUGAUUGACGAUCCUACAUUCGCCAUGCCAUUUUGGAACUGGGACUCUGCAGGAGGAAUGUCAAUGCCUUCCAUGUAUACUGACCCGAAAUCCCCUCUUUACGACAAGGUACGUGACGCGGUCCACGUAGCUCCCGGAGCAAUGGUGGAUCUUGAUUACGGUGGAACUGACGAGAAGAUCACUAAAGAGCAACAGCUGAAACAAAACCUCACUAUCAUGUACACGGCGAUGGUUUCGGGCUCCAGUUCCGCGAAGUUGUUUCUCGGAGAUCCGUAUGAGUCCGGUAAGAAUGUAGAGCAGUCCGGUGGUGGUAGAUUCGAGAGCGUGCCGCAUGGUCCGGUUCAUAUGUGGGUGGGUGACCGAAAGCAACCCCCUGGCCUAAACAUGGGUGCUUUGUACUCGGCUGGUCGAGAUCCCGUGUUUUAUGCACAUCAUUCUAAUUGUGAUAGAUUGUGGAAUGUAUGGAAAACCCUAGGCGGCAACCGAAAGGAUUUUUCUCAUAAGGAUUGGCUGGAUUCCGAGUUCGCAUUCUACGACGAAAAUGCUCAGUUGGUAAAAGUAAAAGUCGGAGAUUGCUUGGAUUCCAAGAAACUAGGGUACGUGUACCAGGAUGUUGAGCUUGAGUGGCUCGGGAAGCGCCCUACGCCGCGGGUGAAGAGAGUGCUCGACAAGUUUAGGAAAAAAGACGUGGCUCGCGCAGCUGAUUUCCCGGUCGUGAGGGAUGUUUUUCCUAUCAAACUCGAUAAAGUGACGAAGGUUUUGGUUCAUAGGCCGAAGAAAAACAGGACAAAAAAGGAGAAAGCGAAGGAUGAGGAGAUUUUGGUGAUCGAAGGUAUUGAAGUCGAGGUGGAAGCUUUCGUGAAGUUCGAUGUUUUUAUCAACGACGAAGAUGAGGCUGCGAGCGCACCAGAUAAGACUGAGUUUGCUGGAAGUUUUGUGAAUCUGCCGCAUAAACAUAAGCAUGGUAAGACCAUGAAGACAAGGUUGAAGUUGGCUCUGAAUGAUUUGUUGGAAGAUCUGGGAGCCGAGGAUGAUGAUAAUGUGUUGGUCACUCUGGUUCCUAAACCUGGAAGUACUUGUUUUGUCAACAUCAGAAACAUCAAGAUUGAGCUUGAUGAUUAAUCAUUUCGAGUUCUCAACUCAAGGGCUUGGCACAUUCGGUCUAUCCUUAAUCUCAUCUUUUGUUGUUUGGCACUGCAUUAAUUGUUGUUUUGGUACCUUAAUUGUGAUGUUCUUGUUUGAUUAAGAGUGUUUGAGAGAAAUAAAAUAUAUCAUUAAAGGUC